ACCUGCGGCCGCUCGGCGCUCGCCACUCGCCAUGGCCGCCACCUGCGCCCGCUCCGCUCCUUAGCCUUCUCCUCCGCGAGGUCCCGCUCCCUCUUCCACCUCCUCGCCCGCCCACUCUCCUCUUCCCAGGCAUCCUACGCGUACCACCCUUCCCCUUCCCCCGCCGCCGCCGCCGCCGCCUCUCCCAACCAUGUCCACCAGCCCCAUCAGCAGCAGUGGACCCCGACGCAGAACCCCCCGCCCCCCGGACCCCCUCCACAGUGGCCCCCGCAGGGACAUCCCACUCCGCCCCCUCCGGGGAACUACCAGCAGCAAGCUCCGCCACUGCCUCCGCCGCCCCGCGGCUAUGGGCCUCCACCGCCGCAGCAGCAUGUGCCGCCUCCGCCGCCCCGCGGCUACGGGCCUCCACACCCUCACCAGCAUGUGCCGCCUCCGCCACCACGCGGCUACGGGCCUCCACCACCACACCAUCAGGGGCCACCUCCACCUCCACCGCCCCGCGGAUACGGACCUCCACCACCGCAGAAGCAGGCGCCGCCUCCGCCUCCGCCGUCACGCGGCUACGGGCCUCCACCACCGCAGGAUCAGGCUCCGCCCCCGCCCCACGGCUACGGCCCUCCGCCCCCGCAGCAGCACUCUACUCCGCUGCCGCCUCCUCCUGAACCUGUGGCGGGGCCGGGGGAGCUGAUGGGACUGUGCCGGGAGGGACGGGUGAAGGAUGCCGUCGAGCUACUCGCCAAGGGGGCUCGCGCCGACCUGCCCGCGUUCUACGAGCUCGCAGCCGCCUGCUCCAACCCCAAGCUGCUCGAGGAGCUCAGGAAGGUGCACGACUUCUUCCUCCGCUCGCCCUUCCGCGGCGACCUCCGGGUCAACAACAAGCUGCUCGAGAUGUACGCCAAGUGUGCAGCCAUGCCCCAUGCCCGGAGGACGUUCGACAAUAUGCCUGACCGCGACAUGGACUCGUGGCACAUCAUGAUUGAUGGCUACUCGGUGAACGGACUUGGGGAUGAGGCCCUGCGGCUGUUCGAGCUGAUGAAGGAAUACAUGGCACCAACCAGCCAGAGCUACGUGUUUGUGCUCAAUGCUUGUGCCAACUCGGAGGCCAUUGAGGAGGCAUUCCUUUACUUUGAUGCCAUGUCCAGGGACCAUGGCAUUGAGCCUGGUGUGGAACACUAUGUUGGGAUCAUUGAGGUCCUGGGGAAGUCAGGGCAUCUCAACGAGGCUAUGGAGUAUAUCGAGAAGUUGCUGUUCCAGCCCAACGCCAUGGUUUGGGAGUCAGUCUUGAACUUGGCACGUAUGAAUGGAGACAUUGAUCUUGAGGACAGAGCAGAGGAGUUUUUGGUGACGCUUGAUCCAUCCAAGGAAAAUCCUAAGAAGCUACCAACCCCACCUUCAAAGAGGCGUCUGAGGAUUAACAUGCUUGAUGGGAGGAACAAGCUGGCAGAGUACCGACUGCCACCCAAGAUUGAAAAGAAGGUGGUCAAUGAGCAGAGAUAUGUCCCAGAUACAAGGUAUGUGCUCCAUGACAUUGAUCAGGAGGCCAAGGAGCAGGCAUUGCUGUACCAUAGUGAAAGGCUGGCGAUUGCUUAUGGUCUGAUUAGCACCCCAGCAAGGACUCCACUUCGCAUCAUUAAGAACCUAAGGAUCUGUGGGGACUGCCACAAUGCCAUCAAGAUCAUGUCAAGGAUCGUUGGGAGAGAGCUUAUUGUUAGGGACAAUAAGAGGUUCCACCAUUUCAAGGAUGGAAAGUGCUCUUGUGGAGAUUAUUGGUGAAGAUGGAUGGCCAUCCAAAUUUGGUGUGACAUUGAAAGUCUUCUUCUUGUCAGGAUUGCUGCUAUCCUAAAUGAAGAUGUUAGGCAUAGAAUUUCAGCUGGCUGGUUGAAAUGGCGGCAAACUUCUGGCAUCCUUUGUGACAAGAGGGUGCCACAAAAGCUAAAAGGCAAAUUCUAUAGGACAGCAAUUCGUCCGGCGAUGUUAUACGGUGCUGAAUGUUGGCCUACAAAAAGGCGACAUGUGCAGCAACUGAGUGUAGCAGAGAUGCGGAUGUUGCGGUGGUUUUGCGGGCACACAAGGAGGGAUAGAGUUCGGAACGAAGUUAUUCGGGAUAGGGUCGGGGUGGCACCAAUUGAGGAGAAACUUACUCAGCAUCGGCUGAGAUGGUUUGGACAUGUCCAACGAAGGCCUCCUGAGGCGCCGGUGCGUAAUGGGGUUCUUGAGCGGGUCGAUAAUGUAAAGAGGGGUAGAGGUAGACCUAA